UCGAUCGUGUAGUAAAUUCGGGUUUUCGUUCGGUUUGAUCCUUUGCCAAUUUGUCUACCAAACAGGUUUGUUGUGAGACGAGCCGCGAGAAAGCAUGAAGCAAAGGGGUGUUGGUGUUUGUGUUUCGUUCCUACCUUUGUUCCGAUCAAAAUCCACCGUUGUUGCCGACGUUCCUUUCCGCUGAUCCGCGGCAAUAUCUACCUCAUUCACACGUAAACAACUUCGCAGCGGAUUAAUGAGCGCGAUCGGGAACGAAAGUAAUUGGCGGCUCAAGUGUAGAUAGAAAGAAGAAAGGAUUGUGUUUUUCAGUUGUCGUUAACGUUUGCCACCGUCUACCGAUGGAUUCCUCCGAACACGAGGAGGCCCAAGUGCUUUACAGUGCCAGGAAUGGGCCGGAAAUUGUGCAAAACAUAAACGCCAACGUUCGCAAGCAAACAAGAUGGACAUUUUGGUUGAUCACUGCCGGCAUUUCCACAACCUUUGGAGCUGCAGUCCCAACGGGAUACAACAUAGGCGUUAUAAAUGCACCGGCAAACGUUAUUAAAAAUUGGUGCAACGAAACCAUUUACGAAACAUACGGCACCGUGUUCACUGAGGGCAACCUGGAGACGUUUUGGUCGGCCGUCGUGUCCAUCUUUCUCAUCGGCGGAGUAAUCGGUUCGCUGGGAGGUGCAUGGGUGGCCGAUAAACUUGGGCGAAAGCGCUCGUUUCUUCUUUGUGGCUUUUUGCUGGUGGCCGGAGGACUGUGCUUCCAGUUUACUAAAGCGGUCAGCUCCGUUGAGCUGCUGAUGAUUGGGCGUAUCGUCGUGGGCCUCGCGGCCGGACUGACCACCAGCACCGUUCCCAUGUACCUGACGGAGCUAGCUCCGCUAGGGCUUCGUGGCGCCCUCGGAGUACUCUGCUCGAUGGGUGUCACGGGUGGCGUGGUGGUUGGCCAGGUGAUGAGCCUGGAGGAGGUGUUUGGCACCGAAGCCCACUGGCAGUUUGCGCUCAGCUUUUACGUGAUUCUCGUGGUCGCCUUUUUCGUACCGUAUCACUGGUUGCCCGAAAGCCCAAAGUAUCUGUUCGUUAUCCGACGGCGGCAGGACGAGGCGGUCAACGAACUGAAGCGCAUUGCUGGCCGGAAAGUGCGCGAUGAGUACGUCAAGCAGCAGGUGGAAGCGAUGCGCAAGGAAUGCACAACGGACAAUCAGCUCGAGUGCGGAGAGGAUGCCAGUGCGGAAAAAUCCAAAGAACGGACGCUUAUAUCGGUCCUCCGGGAUCCUACCUUAAUGCUUCCGCUUGUGCUAGUUUGUGCCUUACAGGGUGGUCAGCAGCUAUCCGGCAUCAAUGCGGUGUUUUUCUAUUCUGUUUCCAUAUUUGAAUCGGUCGGGUUGAGCUCCACGGAUGCAAAGUUUGCAAAUUUAGGCGCCGGUUGUCUAAACCUCUUUGUCGCAUUCUUCAGUCCAAUCUUGAUGGCAAAGUUCAACCGUCGAUUGCUGGCACUGACAUCGUGCUCGAUGUGCGCAAUCUUUCUCUUCUGUCUUACUUUUAUCGUAUACUUUAUCGACGACGUUGAAUGGUUUUCCUACGCGAGUAUCGUGGCCAUUCUGCUCUACAUACUCUUCUACCAGAUUGGCCUAGGUCCGAUCCCAUACUUUAUUGGCUCCGAACUGUUUGAAGUUGGACCGCGACCAGCGGCGAUGGCAAUGGGUAGUUUAGCAUCGUGGGGAUGCAAUUUUAUAGUGGCGAUGCUCUUCACCACGCUUCAGAACGCCUGGGGGGCGUUCGUGUUUCUUCCCUUCAGCUUCACGUGUGUCGCACUUACAUUGCUACUGAAGUUUUACCUUCCCGAGACCCGCGGUAUACAUAUCUCACAGAUUGUGCCACUCGUUGCGCAAGGAUUCCGCUCCAAGCCGCUAGUGCCUUAAUAAUUAGCAAUGACCAUGAUAACUGACUGAAAAGACAAAACCAAUGCUAGUACACUGAAGCAAGUUGUGAUUAGCUUGUUAGUGCCCACGCAGCGCGAGGAAAAUGUUCGAACAAACAAUACGUGGCUUAAAGGUAAACUUAAGUUUAGCAGCUGUUAACAUACACUUAGUUUGAGGUGAUUGAUGGUGGCUAGGGCAGUGAAAAGUACGUUUCUGUGUGAACGGAGAACACAA